UGUCCCGUCCCAUGUAUCAUGCACUUCAUUCCUCUAUAUCUCUUCUCACUUAACACACUACUACUACUACUACUCAAAAUUACUAAGACUUAUUAUACCCUCUCCCAUUUUCUUACUUAAUUUACUCAUCUUCAUGCAAUUUUAAUAUGCAAUGCUGUUAACAAAUAAUUAACUCAUACUUUAAUUAUUUAAGCUUGGCUUUUGAUUAAUGGGUUUAUCUUCUCUUCACGUUUGCAAUAGUAUGGAAUCAUCUGCAGAUCAUUGGUUGCAGGGCACAAUUCACGAGGAAUCAGGAAUGGAUUCAUCUUCACCAAUAUCUGGUGACAUGCUAACAUGUUCAAGACCAUCAUCCAUGAUAGAUCAAAGGAGGCUAAGACCACCACAUGACCUAUCUCUAAAAUGUCCGAGGUGCGACUCAACUCACACCAAAUUCUGCUACUAUAACAACUACAGUCUCUCUCAGCCAAGGUAUUUCUGCAAGACUUGUAGAAGGUAUUGGACCAAAGGUGGAACUCUUAGAAACAUCCCUGUUGGUGGAGGUUGUAGAAAAAACAAGAAAGUUUCUAACAAAAAAUCCAAUGAUAAUAAUCACCAUUUAGUUACUAGUAAUAAUAAUAAUAUUCAAAACCAACCACAUCACGUUCCUUCUUACCAUCAUCAAAACCCUAAAGAUCUUCAACUUUCUUUCCCUGAUGUGCAAUUUUCUCACUUAAGUAACUUACUUGGAACUAAUGGAGCAUUAGGAAACCCUAAUUUCAUGCUUGAGAAUCCUAGACCUAUUGAUUUCAUGAUGGAAAGUAAGUUAGAAGGUAUAAUUGGAAGUAGUUCUAGGAAUUUUGAUAAUUUUUUUGGAAAUGGUGAUCAUAUGAGUAUGAAUAUGGGAGGAGUUGGGAUUGGAGGUGGUGAUAUGAUGAAUGGUACUCAAAAUGGUUUGUCACAAAAUUUUCAUCAUGCAUUUGGUGGCAUGUCAUUUGAUGGAGGAAACAAUAACAGUGGUGCUUAUUUAAUGGAUUCUUGUCAAAGACUUAUGCUUCCUUAUGAUGCUAAUGAUGAUCAGGAUCAUAAUGAUGUGAAACCAAACCCUAAAUUAUUGUCACUUGAAUGGCAACAAGAUCAAGGUUGCUCUGAUGUUGGAAAAGAGUCAUUUGGAUAUGGAUCAUGGAGUGGUAGUAUGAUGAAUGGUUAUUAUGGAUCUUCUACAACAAACCCUUUGAUCAACGGCUGAGAUUUCUCUUAGUAGUAUAAUUGGUUAAUUUGAUCAUUGAUCAAUCACCUAAUCAAUACUCUAUAAUAUCACACUUCUCUUUAUAUAUUUUAUAUUCUAUUAUUAUUAUAAUAUAUAUAUAUAUAUAUAUAUAUACACACACAUAAAGUCUUUGUAUUAGCCAAUUAAGAGAUGAUGGAUUGAUUGAGUGUGAAUGAGAAGCUUGAGAGUCCAAAUCUACUGCCUUGGUGGGUUAACUUUUGGUUUGUAUAUGUGUGUGUGUCUUUGUGUGUGACACGUCAUGGAAGCUUUAGGAUUAAAUAUGCUUUGAGAUCCAGGAAGAUAUGGUGCAGUAGUUCUUCUUCUUUUCUAGUUAAAGAAAGAAAGAAAAUAUGCAGUAGUGUACUAUUUAUAUUAUAUAUCUUUUAUGAAAAUUGUAUCUCUCUUAAGAGACAUGUUAACAUUCUCUUAUUUAUUUAUAUAUAUAUAUGCUUGUGGUCGUA